GGCUCAUUUCGUUGUAGCUCAAGAUCGAAACCUGUGUCAGCGAAGAAAAUAUCCUGCUAUUACACAGUCCACAAACAGCAGUAAAAUCUCAAAACCGCCUCUCUCUCUCUGCGUCGUGACCGUCGUACAUGGCCGGUUUUCGUCUCCAUCUUGAGGAGUCCGACGCCUCACAGCAGGCGCGGGCAGCAGUUUCUGUGCCCUCGGCCGAUCUGGUCUCCGACGAUGACCGCUCUGUCGCCGCAGAUUCUUGGUCCAUCAAGAGUGAUUACGGCAGCACCCUAGACGACGAGCAGCGCCAUGCUGACGCUGCUGAAGCUCUGUCCAAUGCCAACUUCCGGGCCGCCUCGGAUUACAGUUCUGACAAGGAUGAACCUGAUGCUGAGGCAGUUACGUCAAUGCUAGGUUUUCAGAGUUAUUGGGAUUCUGCUUAUGCAGAUGAGCUUGCAAAUUUUCGUGAGCAUGGCCAUGCUGGUGAAGUCUGGUUUGGAGUUGAUGUGAUGGAAAAAGUUGUGUCAUGGACCAAAGCCUUGUGCCUUGACAUUUCUCAAGGUCGCAUACCUGAAAAUCUUGAUGAUAUCAAGUACGAGCCUACUGAACAGGAUGAUAAGUUCUUAUCUAGUUGGAGUGUACUUGACAUUGGAACUGGCAAUGGUCUUCUUCUCCAGGAACUGGCUAAACAAGGGUUCUCUGAUUUAACUGGUACUGAUUAUAGUGAAGGGGCCGUAAGCCUUGCCCAAAGCCUUGCUGAUCGUGAUGGGCUUUCCAACAUCAAAUUUUUGGUUGAUGAUGUUCUCGAGACAAAGUUGGAACGACAGUUUCGACUGGUCAUGGAUAAGGGGACUCUAGAUGCUAUUGGAUUGCAUCCUGAUGGUCCUGUCAAGAGAAUGAUGUACUGGGACUCCCUGUUUAAGUUGGUUGCUCCUGGUGGAAUACUAGUAAUCACAUCGUGUAACAGUACAAAGGAUGAACUGGUGCAAGAAGUCGAAAGUUUCAACCAGAGAAAAAUUGCUACUGCACAGGAGCAUGAAUCGGCUGAGGACGGGCAACCAGGCAAAGAUCUUCCAUUUCAAUAUGUAAGCCAUAUCCGCACAUACCCAACCUUCAUGUUUGGAGGUGCGGUUGGCUCCCGUGUUGCCACGGUGGCGUUCCUUCGGAACUGAAGUGACUAUCAUUCAUCAUUCUGGAUUUGGCCCCCUUCUAAAACCAGGUUUGAAAAUUGUUAGUGUUAGUAUGCGUGUGUAGUUGGUUGUUUUGUAUUAAACCGUAGAUAUUUGGUUAUUAUUCAUGUAAAACUAGUUCUGGGGUGGAUAACUCAUAUGGGAAUCAAGCUGGGUUCAAAUAGUCGCCCUUUUCGACUUUUUGGUCUUCCUAAUGUGUCUACCUUCUACUUACCCUUUUUCAGAAAUUUCUAAAUGGUCAAGGGAUCGUGUACUUUUUUUUUUUUUUGUCAUUUGGUAGACGCUCAAAUGGAGGGAGAUGGUAAAAUUUUGAUGUUGUUUGUUUCGUCAUUGGCGAACUAGACUUUUAACAUGUUUCGUAGUACAACAUGUUUUGUUUGGA